AUGUCUCUAAGUCGUACGGCCUCGGCCGCACUGCCUUUCGUGAUAGGGAUUCUGGCAGGCGCUGCGCUGUUGACAAUUCAGCAGAUCAUGACGGGAGGGAACAUUUCGUUCCCCAACGUCUCUUCGUCUCUCUUUGCUUAUAUGAAUUCAGCCAACCAAUCCGUCUCGCAACACGUGGGCAAUCCUGAUUGGCUGGCCUCUUCUGCUUCGAUCGGCGCUGCUACUGACGAGAUUCGUUACAACACGGACGCAGAACCUGUAGAAAGCAAGCUCAACGUGCAUCUGGUAGCACAUUCGCAUGAUGACUUGGGAUGGACGAGCACCAUUGACAAGUACUACGUUUCAUCAGUACAGUACAUUAUCGAGACUGUCAUCGACCAACUCGAGGCAAACCCUGACCGCAAAUUCAUCCAGGUGGAGCAGGCCUUCUUUUAUCGAUGGUGGCAGCAACAGAAAGAGGACAUGCGCAAGAGAGUGCAUGCUCUGGUUGCGUCAGGUCAACUCGAAUUCGUCAACGGAGGGUGGGUGAUGCACGACGAGGCCACCACACACUACACCGACAUGGUCCACCAGAUGUCUCUGGGGCUGCGCUUCCUCCGCUCCGAGUUCAACGUCACGCCGCGCGUUGCAUGGCAAAUUGACCCGUUCGGCCACUCGGCAACCCAAGCCAGUCUCAUCACUGCACAGGCUGGGUUUGAUGGGAUAUUUUUCUCGCGGGCAGACUACCAAGACGUGGCCAAUCGGCAACAAGAAAAGAAGGAAGAGUUUGUGUGGCGUGCGUCUAAAACAUUUGGGAAAUCGGCCCAGGUGUUUGGUGGGCACCUCUACUGGAUGUAUGAUCCCCCCCCUGGGCUUGAUUGUGAGGACAUAAAUUUCCCACCUUUUGUCCAGGAUGAUCCGCAAUCAGGGGAGUCAAACGUCCGGAAGCUUGUCGACCUGUUCGUUCAGCGAGCUUGGGAGCAGGCGAAGGUGACACGGUCGAACCACGUGAUGUUCACCAUGGGGAAGGACUUUGCCUACUCCAACGCCAUCAUGUGGUUCAAGAACAUGGACAAGCUCAUUCACUACGUCAACCUGGACGGUCGGGUCAACGCCCUCUACUCCACGCCUUCAAUCUAUCUGGACGCCAAGCAGCAAGCUGAGGAGACCUGGCCGGUCAAGACUGGCGACUUCUUCCCCUACGCUGACGCACCGCACGCCUACUGGACCGGCUUCUACUCCUCCCGCCCAGCCUUCAAGCGCUACGUGCGCUCCUGCAGCACACUGCUGCUGGCAGCAAGCAUUCUCGAAGCAGCAGUGGGGCGAGAGUCCCUGCAAGCAUGGGGAGGCGACACUGACGGGAUGAACCUUGUGGGCUCUGGCGCUGGCCGAAUGAUGGUCAUGAGUUUCCAUCCCUCGGAGGCGCCUAGUGUGGCAACUGGAGAGGGUGGGAGUGGCGGCGGUGACAGCAAUGCUGGUGCAGGAUACGGGUCUGCUGCUGCUACUGGUGCCGGUGGUGGUGGUGGUGGGGAUAGUAAUGGUGGUGUUACUGGUGCUGGGAGUCGGGAGGCUCAGGCCGCGUCGACAGCAUUGCUGGGGGAGGCAGUGGCAGUAGUACAGCACCACGAUGCCAUCACAGGCACGGCCCAGCAGCACGUGAAUGACGACUACACACUCCGCCUGCACCGAGCAGCACAGGAGGCCUCCACUGUUCUCACCAGCGCUCUGGCAUACCUCAUUCUGCACCCGCCGCCUCCUCUUCCUCCCUCGCCUCCCACCGGCACCAACUCCUCUGCACCAGGUCCCAACCGUGCGGCGCCUGCUGCCACUCCCGCCAAUAGACCUGCUGCAGCUGGCACCGGUGCUGCUGCCACCGCCGCAGCCGCCGCCGCCGCUGCCACUGCUCCUAGUGUCACUCCCCAGGAACCUGCCACUGCUGGUGCGGAUACUGCUGCUGGUGGUGACGAGCCUGCUGCCCCAGAUGCGGCUGUGCCUGCAAACACCAGCGCAACACCACAUCGAGCUCCUCUUGAAACACAGGGCUCAUUGCAGGAGGAAGGUAUCAACAGGGGGAGGCGGCUGCAGGAGAAGCCGAAGCUGCUGCUCGAGACGUGCCCUCUGCUGAACAUCUCCUUCUGCCCUCCAUCGCAGUCUGGUCUUGCACCCGGCAAGAUGCUGGUAGUUGUAGCCUUCAAUUCUCUUGCCUGGGCCCGCACUGAAGUCAUCCGCAUUCCAGUCUCCGCUCCCUCGGUCAUUGUCACAGACUCAACACACCAGCCCAUCCCAUCACAGCUCAUCCCAGAGCUCCUCCCUCGUCCAGUCAUCCGCGCGUUCUACGCAGCAGCACAUGCAGGCGCCAGUGUGCCUCCAGUGGAGCAGCAGCAGGGGGUGAUGUCAGUGGUGUUCCGUGCUGAGGUGCCUCCUUUGGGCUACUCCACAUUCUUCCUCACUGCAGCCCAGCCAGGAGCUGUGGGGGCAGCAGUGAGCAGCAGUGACUGGAUCUUGGGACCAAAGAAGCAGAGGGGACGGAACACGAGGAGCAAGAAGGGGAAGAAGAAAAAGAAGAAGGCAAAGAAGGAUGACUAUGAGGAGGGAGCGGAAGGAGGGGAGGGAGGGGAGGAAGGGGAGGCAGAAGAGGAAGGGUAUGAGGAGGGGCAGGAGGAAGGGGUUGAGGCAAAAGGGGAGGAGGGCUAUGCUGGAGGGGAGGAAGGAGGGGAGGCGGGGGAGGGAGAGGAGGAGGAGGAGGAGGUGGGUGAUGGUGUGGGUCAGGAGGAUGAGAUAGUUCUUGGGGGGGUGGUGGCUGGUCGGCCGGCAGCGCGUGUCUAUUUCUCCAAGGCUGCUCGUGGAAUGACACGUGCUGAGCUCAUCAAGCCGAAUGGCAAGGCCUUUGCCACGCUAGCAGCAGCCAACAUCAGCAGCGAAAUGCUCUUUUACUCAUCUGCAGAGUCAGGAGCAUACAUCUUCAAGCCCACAGCAGACGGUGCGCUGCCGUUCCGCAGGAAGCAGAGGGUGCCGAUCCGCGUGCUGCGAGGGCCCAUCGUGGAGGAGUUUCACCGCCAGGUGGCGCGUGACGUGUCCGAGGUGUAUCGAGUUUACCCGGGGGAGAAUUACGCCGAGCUUGGCUACUCCAUAGGCCCCCUCGUUGAGGAUGGGUCCCUGGGGAAAGAGGUCGUUGCCUCUUUCUCCUCUUCCAUUCAGAGCGGCGAUAUCUUUCACACGGACUCCAACGGCCGUGACUACCUCAAACGAUAUCAUCCUCUUGGUUUUGGCUCUCCCCUGACCUGCUCUCUGCCGUUUGCCCAUCACUCCCCCUCCCUACACCUCUCCCCUCCCUACACCUCUCCCGCCCCCUACACCUCUUCUCACUUCGCUCCCACCUACCGUGCUGUCCUGCAGGUUCGUGACUCUCGCCCUGACUGGACCCUCACAGUCAAGGAGCCCAUAGCAGGGAACUUCUACCCCGUGACGGUGGGCGCGUUCAUCGGGGAUGGCGAGGCACAGCUGUCGCUGCUGGUGGACCGAGCAGCCGGUGCUGCCAGCCUGGCAGCCGGACAGCUCGAAGUCAUGCUGCAUCGGUGGUGGGAUCACUCCGCUUCGCAGUGCUGCCAGACACACGGGCACGGCCAGGCACACCCCCACAGCAGGCAUCAGGCGGGGGCAGCAGCAGGGGCCUUCUGGCGGAGAGAUCACUCCCAGAGGAUGCUGUCCCCGCUGCAGCUCGCUUUUGCUGUCGAGGGCAGCGUAUGCAGUGGGAGGGAGGUGAGGGCGGAGGGUUCACACUCACUUACUGCUGUGUCCACCUCCUCUGCCUGUUGCUCUCCUCCACACUCCCUCCUCAUGCGCUUCUUCUCUCUUCUCAAUUUCCUUCAGCGCUCAGCAGGAGGUGGCAAGGGCAGGGACACGUGGCAGCACCAGAGGGAAGGCGGCAGCACCCUCAGCUAG